UAAUAUGGUUUUUUAAUUAAUAAUCUAAGUAAGUCUAAUCAUUAGUCUACAACUAGUAAUUUUCAAUUACUGAUUAUGUCAUUAUGGUAUAUUUUUUCCUCGUUGAAUGGUGGUCUCAAUUUGGUACUGCAACCCCUAAUUUGCAAAAGUUUGCCAUCAAGAUAUGUAGCCUCACUUGUAGCUCUUCAGGUUGUGAAAGGAAUUGGAGUGUCUUUGAGCAUCUUCAUAACAAAAAGAGAAAUCGAUUGGAGCAACAACGUCUCAAUGAUUUGGUAUUUGUCAAGUAUAAUAGAGCUUUGAGAUGUCGUUUUAGUUUGCGUAAAUCAAUUGAUCCAAUUUCUUUAGAUGAAGUUAAUGAAAGUAAUGAGUGGUUGCUUGGGGCAAUUGAUAAAUUUGGAGAGUCAGAUGAUGAGCUGGUACAUGAAGAUCAUGAUUUGACAUGGGCUGAUGUUGCUAUGGCAUCUAGUGUUGAAGAAGCUAAUCACUCAACUAGAUCAAAAGCGACUUCAACUUCAAAUUUGACAAGGGGGAGGGGGACAAGGGCAUCAACUUCAAAUGCUCCAAUGGAUCUUGACGAGGAAGAAGAAGAUGGAGAGGGAGAUGAUGUAGAAGAAGAUAUUGGAGAUGAUAGUUCUGAUGAUGAAAAUAUGGAUACAUUUGAUCUUGAUGAUGAGGAUGAUUUCUAGUUAUUAUGUAUAUCUAGUUAAUCCUAAUUAAAAUUUAGCCAUUUAGGACCUAUUAAUGGUUUAAGGUUGAUCAUUUAACUUUUCCUUUUAAGUUGAUUGUUGACUUAAAGUCUUAAAACUAACAUUUUUUGGUGGGUUUUGCUUAAGUUUAAUGACAUUUUUAAUACUAUUUUGUUGGCUUUUAAUUAUAUAUGUCAAAUACUAAUUUUGUUUUUUAUUUGUGGUGUUUAAAUGUUGAUUCUUUUUUCUGAUUUGUUGAAAUAUGGUGGGAUUUAAUUUGCUGAAAUUUACAGGUAUGUCAUGAAGUAUGUUUAUGUUGUGAUUUAUUUAAUAUAUGUUGAAUUCUUGAAUUUUUUGAUAACAUAAAUGUUGAUAUGUGAUUAGGAUCUAUUUUAUGACUUAUUAUUCAAUUAAGAAGUAUAUUUUUCUUUCUUCUUAGUUAGCAUGCGACUUGCACCUGCCAGGCGCACGUCUCGCCUUGCGCCUUAGGCUCCAAGGCCCUUUGCGCCUUGGGCCUUUAA